AUGGAGAUGAGAAAUGAGCCAAAAAAAUAUCGCUAUCAUCCAAAACCCCAAAUACCCCCCAACAUGUCCGAUAUUGUCGGUAUCGAGUACAACCGUGUGACCAACACCACGUCCACCGACUUCCCAGGCCAUUCCAGCGAAGAAAAUGCCUGGGACUUGGAGGAGUUCAAGAAGAACUUGCAGAUCAACAUUUCUCAUCUCGCCGGCAGAUCCACCAACUUCGACCUCAUCAACAUCGACACCUCGAUCGCCAAUGCCUUCAGAAGAAUCAUGAUUGCCGAGGUGCCUUCGGUGGCCGCUGAGACCGUCUACAUCUACAACAACACCUCUGUGAUCCAAGAUGAGGUGUUGGCCCACAGAAUCGGACUUAUCCCAUUGAACGUGGAUCCAGACACGUUGCAGUGGAUCGACCCUGCAGCCGACGAGAACGAGCGUUUCAACGAUGCCAAUACAUAUGUCAUGACUCUUGAUGUGAGCUGCUCGAAGAGAGACAACGUUCCUGAGGGAACCACCGACCCUAAGAUAUUGUACCGUAACUCCAGCGUGUAUGCCAAAGACCUCAAGUUUGUUCCUCAGGGCCGUCAGGAACAGCUCUUCAAGAACUCUCCUGUUGCUCCCUGCGACCCCAACAUCUUGCUCGCUAAGUUGAGACCAGGCCAGGAGAUUUCGCUAAGAGUCCACUGUAUUUUGGGAAUUGGUUCUGACCAUGCCAAGUUUUCUCCUGUAGCAACUGCUUCUUACAGAUUGAUGCCCGUCAUUGACAUCAAGGAGCCUAUUGUGGGAGAGCUGGCCAAGAGAUUCCAGAAGUGUUUCCCCUCCGGUGUGAUUGAGAUUGACGAGAAUGGCGCCGCCUACGUUGCCGACGCCAGAAAAGACACAGUUUCGAGAGAGGUGUUGAGGCACGAGGAGUUCGAGGGCAAGGUCAAGCUUGGCAGAAAGAGAAGCCAUUUCAUCUUCAACGUGGAGUCUACUGGCGCCAUGUCUCCACUGGAGAUUUUCCUCAAGUCCGUGAGAAUCCUUAAGAACAAGGCCGACUACUUGAGAAACUGCCCUAUUGGACAGUAA